CCACAAUGCACCAAUCUACUCUGGUUCCUAGAUGGAGGAAGAUUGGACGUAAACAUUAGCGGUCCUGCAGUCGUUUUAUUGGAAACAUUGAAAUAAUUACUUACUACUACUGUUACUUAAAAUUAUUACUUCAAACUAAAUUAUUGUGCAUGCCAUUUUAUUAGCCUUAGGAAGUGCUUUGACCUCUUUAGCUAUUACGUGGGUGGGUGUUUCUAAACGCUAUAGUUAGCCUAGCAGAUUCACCGCUUUGCUGUUUUUACAACAGUCCCUUCACAUUUGAAGCUUUGCGUUUGUGUAUUUAAAUUUGAAGCAGGCCGAAAGACAGAUGGACACAAGAACCUUCAAGAAUCCCUACCCGGACUAUGACGCCGGCAGCCCUGAGAUUACACAGUCGUUUUUUGACUCUCAUGGCAAGCUGACACCUGCGUUUGCUCAGCGACUGAGCAACAAGAUCGAAGAGCUGUUGGCUGUCAUGGAGAAAGGGCUCAAGUCUGCCAACCCAAAAGAUUGUACCACUUACACUGGCUGGGCAGGCAUUGCAUUACUCUACUUGCACAUCCACCGCAUAUUCAAGCAACCGGCAUUUCUCCAGAAGGCUCUAGAAUACGUCGGCCUUAGUCUGAAAUGCCUGACACGGCGCCAUGAUGUCACAUUUCUGUGUGGUGACACCGGACCACUGGCUGUGGCUGCUGUGGUGUACCAUCAGUUGCAAUUGCCCGGGGAGGCCGACGAGUGCAUCAGAAGACUGCUGACUUAUCACGAGACAGUUGUGAAAGGUUCUGGUGGGAUGCCAGACGAGUUGCUCUAUGGUCGGGUGGGUUACCUCUAUUCUCUCAUCUUCAUCAACCAGCAUCUCGGCACAGACAGAAUUCCAUUACAGCACAUCCAGCAGGUCAGUGAGGCCAUUUUAGCAUCAGGCGAACACCACAGUAGGAAGUUGCACAUCCAGAAUCAGAGCCCCCUGAUGUAUGAGUGGUACAAUGAGCAAUAUGUUGGUGCGGCCCACGGAUUGGCUGGCAUUUACUACUUUCUCAUGCAGUCUGGGUUUGUUGCGUCAGAGGACAAGGUUCGCAAGUUAGUCAAACCCAGCAUUGACUACGUUCGCCACAUUAAGUUCCCCUCAGGGAACUACCCUCCCUGUGUCGGAGAUGGUCGUGACCUGCUGGUGCAUUGGUGCCAUGGCUCUCCGGGCGUCAUCUACACGCUCCUGCAGGCAUACAAGGUGUUUGGUGAUUCUCAGUACAUAGAGGAUGCGCUUCAGUGUGGUGAGGUUGUGUGGCGCUGGGGUUUGCUAAAGAAAGGUUACGGGCUGUGUCAUGGCGCAGCAGGAAACGCUUAUGCUUUCCUGGCUCUAUACCGGCAAACACAGAACCUCAAGCACCUUUACAGAGCGUGCAUGUUUGCAGACUGGUGCAUGAACUACGGCUCACACGGCUGCAGAACACCAGACACUCCCUUCUCACUCUUUGAAGGCAUGGCAGGCACCAUCUACUUUUUGGCUGACCUCCUGCAGCCCACACAAGCACGUUUCCCAGCCUUCGAGGUGUGAUUUGCCUAACCGUGCAUCCCCUUCACCUCAAACCCACAGGUCUUUUUUUUUUUUUCUUUCUUUCUUUCUUUGCUUUUGCUAUUUGGAUGUUGAGGAUGGUUCCGGGCUUCCGGCUCUAGCAACUGAAGUGACGUGAAUGAGAAAACAUAUUUGUUUGGCUGCUUCCUCGUCAUCGCUGAAAUCUGUCGCCGAAAGAUCAACUCAGGCGUCUUCUCUGCAGCGUGAAAAUUCAACAUCUUGAGGGCACGGGCUAUCUGGUCAAACUGGCGACAUUGGUCGCGCCUGACACGUGUCGGAUGCGAGCCCGUCUGUCGCCCUUCCACGCGUGAUUACAUUGACUUUGUCUGGGAACCCAUCGCGCAACGAGAAAAAAAACGCGGCAAGUCCGAACGCAGCAUAAUUCUUGUCCUUUAUUAUUUACACGGCUGAGAGUUUGUCUUCUGACAAUUCUGAUGUUAUCUAUUUGGCAUUUUUCUGUCAUGAAUUGAUCCUUUG